CCGUUGCGCGCCGUGGAGACCAGGCGAUCGUAGCGGAGGAAGCGGGACGCCGACGGGAGAGGGGGUGGAAGCCGCCCACGCUUCAUCCAACCCCCCACCCCUCCUCUCCUCCUCCUCCUCCGCCGCCUCCUACCUACACCGUUAGAGCCGUUUCGUAGUCGCCGCCGCGCGCCAGCGCCAUGGGGACGGAGGUGCUCCGCCCGCACGACUGCCUCGACCGCGUCCGCGCCCACGCCCACGCCACCAAGCGGUCGCCGCGCCAGCAGACCGCGCGCCGGCGCGACGUGCGUGGGCCGCAGGGCGGACAGGCGGUGGCGGCGCCGGCCGUGACGCGGGUGGUCCGGGUCAAGGUAGCGGCGGCCGAAGACGACGCGUACGCCGGGCCGGCGUUCGGGGCCAUGUCGCCGUCGCCGCGGGCGCUUCCGCUUCCGCGGUUCUCCUCCUGCCGGGAAGCAGCCACCGCCGCGUCAGCGGCGGCGGCGGCAGGGGUGGACGACUCGGCGACGCGGGAGCUCCGGCGCCUGCUGGGCCUCCACUGAUCGACGACGACGCGGAGGAGCCACACGAAACCAUUCCAGCAAGCGAUCGCGCCAUGCAUUCAGCAACGCAGCAACGAGGAGAUAAGCAAGCGUGGUCCUGAGCGUCUCUUCCAUGGAUCCUUUCGUCUUUCCCUCCAAAUGGCGGGCUCCCGGCCAUGGCGCGAGCUCGCGCACGACGUACAUACGUCUGCGUCGAUCUGUCUGCCUUGCCUGCUGUUUUUUGUGAAGGGCAAAGGCUAGUGGAGAAGCGAUGCCUGUCAUCUGGAGCUGGCCGUCGUAGAGGGGAUUAACCAUAGUUGCAGAAUGAUAUUGGCAGGAAAAUUCGAUGUGAUCUAGAUGUGGUUAAUCGAAUCUGACUUUAAAAAAAAAAGAAAUGCUAGAGCACGGUAUCCCGUUGCAGUACGGGAUAGUUUAAUGAUUCAAA